CUAUACCAUACAUCAGUGGUUGUCUGGAUUUAAAAAAUAAGCAAUUAUCACCUCUAUAUCUAUUAACGAUGUCUGGUAACGUUUGCAGAAUCUGGGUGAUGGUUAUGUUUGGAAUCAUUUAUCUUUUCUCGGAUUCAGAAACUUCCUCUUUAUUUAAAAGAAGGACAAAGUUUCAAACAGGCUAAGACAGCUCAAAAAUAGUAUCUUCAUGCCCAACCACUGACGAUGAAUAUGAAAUACGAGCUCAGCAGAUGAACUGUGAAUCUUAUGGAAAUUGCGAUGGCGAGCCAGUUGUUUAUCAUUGUGCUAUAAAUCCAUGGAGAAAUGCAACGGUUGAAGUCUGUGCUCCUGAAACAUUUAUGACUGCUCACUACUGCCCCCAUUUUAACACGGGUGUUGGAAGAGUGCUAAAACACCAUAAGUACCCAUGUGAGGAAUGUCCUUUCAACUAUAAGUCAACGAAAGGUUACAAAUAUGAAACCUGUAAAAAUAUAACGAAAAACAAAAUAUCUAACGUGAAGAGUUAUCUUACUACAGCUACAAGAAACAAACUUCCUUUCAAGAAAUCCGAUCUGUCAAUUCGGACUGCAUUUUCAGAAGCAAUUGUUAGGAAUGCUGAAGAGUCUUUAAAUUCAAGGUCUGGGUCUAUAGAAAUCAUCAUUGCAGUUUCUGGUCUUGGAUGUCUUGCUUUACUUAUCCUUGUGAUUGUUGCCGCAGUAUUGUACAAGAAAGGAAAGCUUUUAACAAAAGAAGCGUAUCCCAAGAAGAGGACUGGAAAAGAGAGCAGUAAAGAAGACAGUUGUCCAGAAAAAGAAAAUUGUUUACAAAACAACGCAGAACACGAUAAAAGGACGAUUCCUGAUAAUUCAGAACUUCUUGGUAUAUCAUGACAUUGCCCCUAAAACAAUAGCAGUUCAAUCACAUGAAGGGUUAACAAAUCCUGUUAAAUUGCAAGUUAUUUACCUCAUUGUAUAUUAGGCAGCAAACAUGUGGAUAUAUAGAGGAUUUGUAUAUUGUGUAAUUUGAUAUUUGCUUUAUCCAACGAGUUGAUAUGGUGCAUUUAUUCGCCAGGCUUGCCGAGCGAAUAUACACCAUUUCAACUCGUUGGAUAAAGCUAAAAUAAUAUCACACAAUUAUAGAUGUUUUAUUUAUCUCGUACGACUUUUGUUUUAACAAAACCUUGAGACUCCCCCUGCUUAACUACAUGAAUGAUUGGCAAUUCAAGUUGAUGACGUAUAACUUG